UACCAGAUGCCAGGGCUGCUCUCUUCCGUGAGAAGUUCAGUGAUCGUGAUCAAGUCACUGCUGAGGCUGGGAAGUACUACGCUCUCUAUCAUCAUGAUCCCAGCUGGAAAGACUUAUCCCGCAUCUCUAUGAAGCAGGAGAAACAAAGGCUGUGGGGAUUGCCAAACCUCACGUACAGACUGUGAUUGGUAUGUAAUUGACUAGCGAAGUUAGCCUAACUUGUCGUCUGAAUGAAUGUGAGUCAGUGAGUGAUGGACAUUGCAUACCAAUGUUCUACGUGAUUCUCACACUCACUCACCAAUUAAUUGGGGAGUGAAGCGAGCCCACCUACAUAGGCGUCUGAAUGUGGAAUUUUACCAUAUUAUAUAUUUUAAUGUUUAGCAUUAAACAUGUGAAAUAUUGAUUCACUCGCCACUACAUACCAUAAUAUUCAGUGCUAAAACGUGUGAAAUAUUGAAAUGCUCACUUCACUCGCCAAGAAUGUCCUCUAGAGUGCUUGCAUUCCUUCUAGUAACAAUUAUACACUCACAUGUUUACAUGUACUACUUGUACUUUAUGUGUUAGGAACACAUGUAGUAACAACAGUUCCAACACACUGUCCUGUAUUUGGCCUACACUCACACAUGUACAUUGUACUUGUGUGUACUGCCCUCCCUGAUCCCCUCCCCAAAGACCUGCACUUGAGAGUCAGCUAAAACUGUGUGUCAUGCACUGGACCAUUACAUGUGGACUAACACAUUCACUGUGUCAAUCAUGUCUUCAUGCAUGUUCAACGAAGCAUACCUCUGUGUACUAUGGAUGUUACUAAUUUUAGCAGCUGUGUGUAUUAAUAUUCAUACCUAACCUUGCCUAUACAUUUGUGAUAGGAAACAAUAGUCACUGAAUAUUCUCCCUCUCUCACUCCUCCAGACCCCAGCCUGACUCCAGCCAACAUCCUACAAGUCACACGCCAUGUCCCACUGUGGAGUAGUGGGGAUUCCUACAACCAGCUUGACAUGCCAGAGAGCCAGCAUGAUGAGAUAGUAGGAAAGUUUGAUGAUGAUGAGGAGGCGAAACGAGAAUUGAUCACUACAUGGCUGGCCGGUCACCCCUGUCCUACCUGGGAACACGUUAGGCAGCUACUGGAGGGUGGAGUUGGGGGUGAGGAGGGAGAGAGAGCAGCACGUGAGGUGGAGGAGACAUACCUCAAGAUGACUCCCGAGAAGGCCAAACAGAUCCUGGACGCUGCCCUCCAGGACGGCUCCUUCCCACUGGGCUUUCUGAAGUCCAUGGCAGUAGGAGUGGCUCGCUCGGGGAAGACGCUCUCCAAGAAUCACGUCUUCAAAAUCAAGUGCGACCCGAACUGCUCCGUUAGUACAGGAGUGUGUGAGGCUCCGAUCUUGGCCUUUCGACAGCUUACUUUGGAGCUGAUCAAAGCUUUGCCUUCUGCAGAGGGGUUCGAACUACUCAAGUACGAGGAUAUCAAUCAAUUUCUGGCUUACGUGGUUCGCAAGGGUUUGCUUAAAGGAAGGGUAGCGAAAGUGGUGAAAGAAAUGGUGCAGGCUGCUAGCGAAGGCUCCAGUUCAUCUGAUAGAAGUGAGGGUGUAGCUGCAAGUAGUGUAGGCACUCAAGCCUCAACAGCUGUAGUCGGUGCAGUCUGUGCUGCCAGCAAAGCCAGGGUCGAGGCUGAAGCUAAGGCUAGGACUAAGGGAAGUGGUCCAAAAGAAGAGCCACUCUUCAAGCUGCAGAUAAUCCUGUUCCUGGACAGCGGAGGACAGCCUCAAUUCCACGAGGUCGUUGCAGCCUUCAGUCACAACGUGUCCCUCGUCCUGGUCUUCAUCAAGCUCAACGAGCGUCUGGAUGCUCUGUGCACCAAUGCCUUCACCGACGAGGAAGGAAAGUGGUUUACGGAGCAAUGCCCCUCACUGCUCACCAACGAGCAGAUGGUGGUCCAGUUUGUCCACACCAUGAUGUGCAAGCCCGUGGCCGGCAGCGAAGGCAUGCACACCAGGUUCAUGGUGAUCGGCACUCACAGGGAUCUGAUGCACGAGUGCGACGAAACCCUGGAGCAGAAGAACGAGAGGCUGGCCAGCCUGUUUCUACCGGCUCUGGAGGAAAACCUGGUCAUGAAUGGCGACGACAUCAUCUUUGCCGUCAACGCCAAGAAUCCCGACGAGAAUGACGACAAAUGCUUCGAUCUGAUCCGCGAGAAAGUGGCGGACUUGAGCGGGGCCCUGGAUGUGGAUACCCCGAUAGCGUUCCUCGUGUUGCUGAACGACGUGAACAAGUACGCGGAAGAGCAGGGAAAGAAGGUAGUGAGCAUGGAGGAAUUCCAGGCCAUCGCUGGGAGGCUGAAGAUGAAGCGACAAAGUCUGGAGGCUGCCUUGGUUUUCUUCAACGAGAUGAGCGUGUGGAUGUACGUGCCGUCGGUCCUCCCUGGUGCGGUGUUUGUCGACCCUCAGAUGCCACUGGACAGCAUAAAUCGAAUCGUCCAGUACAGCUUCCGGGUGGGGGGUGGUGCGAUUACAGGGCUGGCUGCGAGCGAGUGUCGACUGUGGAAGGAAGGGGUGGUGAGCAGCGAGAUGCUGAAGGGAGAGGAGUUCCGUGGUUGCUUCGUGAGGGGUCUGUUUGAGGCAGGCGAUGCUCUGAAGCUGUUCGAGAAGCUUUACAUUGUAGCUCCUCUGAACGAGAGGGAGUUCAUAAUGCCUGCCAUGCUCCAGACGGUGGCAGAGAAGGAUAUGGAGCGAUAUGUGCCUGCCCCCAGUGAGCACGUGUCCCCUCUCUUUCUCCACUUCCACAUGUCCCGCAUCGCUAAAGGUGUGUUCUGCUCCACCCAUACCUGCAUGCGCUCCAAGUAUGGGUGGACCACGGCUUACACCAUGGUAAAAAGUAAGAAAGUUCCUGCUUGUCUCUUCCGCAAUGCCGUGCGGUUGCAGCAUCCGACAAAAGCAGUUAAAAUUACUCUUCUCCAUGCUUUGAAGCAUUUCGAAGUUCAUCUCGAUGCAUCGCAGGCCGACCUGCCCAUCAUCUGUCCAGAAAUCCGUGACAUGCUCAUGGAUGCAGUGGAUAGUGCAGCGAGUGCUUUCCGCUUCAAGAAUUCGCGAGCCUCUGUAGCCUUCCAGUGCCCCUGCAGCCCAGACGACGUGCACACAGCCACUCCAAAUGAAGACUUCUCUAUGCUGAUUUGCAAAAUGACGGAAGAUAAAAUUCGAGGUCCCCUCACUCCUGCUCAGAGGGUGUGGCUUGGACCACGCACUGCUCCAGGUACCUCUUCUUCCUCUGCUAGUGUCCCUGUGACCUUGUCCUCUGACCCUCUCUGCCCGUCCUCCACACAGAAAGUACUAAGUUUGUUUUCAUCCUCAUCCUCCACUACUCCUUCUCACCAACAUCUCUCUGCACCUCCAUCAAGAAUGGUCCCCCAGUUGGUCAGUAGCUCACGGACGGGAGAGAGAGACACAACACGGAGUGGAGACGCACUUAGAAAAGAAGGCAGUUCUACAGCUGAGUGUUCCAGUCCUCAAGAUGGUUCACUUGGAGAGGAAGAUCUGGUGGAGAUAACAGACCAGCUGAUGGAUCUGAACCAGCCUGAGAUCUACAACCUGGGUCUGGUCCUGGGACUGGCUCAUCGCCGUGUGGUGGAUCUGAGAGAAAACAGCAGAUCCAACCAGGCCUUCCUGGAUGCAGUGGUCCUACACUGGCUGCAGAGAGACGACCAUGUGAAGGAGGUGUCCUGGGCAGCUCUUGUUAAGGCUCUUCGCCACCAGAGACUGGGUCACACUGGAAUUGCCACCUCCAUUGCCAGAGAAUAUGGAACACAAUUAUGACCAUUUAAUUGCGUUACUGCUUCUAUAUAUACACUCGCAACGAGGGUAGGAAUGGUUUUAUGUUUGAAGUUGGCAGCAGAAAGGUUCAUGCAAGCCAUUCGCACCAUUCAAAAUUGCCUCAUUUUGGUCUCGGAUAUUUUUCCAGCAGCUUAGAAAGGUCUGCUGUGGGGAGAGUUUGUGGACGAAAGUUUGGUUGGAGAGGGAGGGAGCUUGUACAUUUGUGUUUGUUAAUAUGCCCAUGGAAGAAGUGCUUGCGAAUUUAUAAAAAAAGAGGCAUAUAGGGAUGGUAUAAAAAGAAAGGGAGACAAGAUGGGGAUGGGAUAGAUGAAACAUGGUUAUGAACAGAUUUAAGUACGCUGACAACCCCCAACCCCAUCACAACAAUCCCUAUAUUGUUGCCUAGGUGAAGUACUAAACAUUCAACAUUGCAAAAUUGUCUAGCG